AUGGUGAUUGCCAUCAAGCCACCGCUGCUGGGACCUUCCUACCAGACCUUCAUGGAAAUCAACCUCGCGGGCCUAUCGGAUCUGGUAAACAUGGCCGAGCGGCACAAGGUCGAAAGCCUGGUUUACGUUUCCUCUUUCGCAGCCUGCAACCACUGGGUACCUCAUCACAAUGUCGCAGAAUCGGACCCGGCAGCAAGUCCGCCCUUGACGUCCUUGCGGUCGCCCUAUGACCUCUCCAAAGCCAUGACGGAACAGUUUAUCCUUCAGAAGCAUUCUGCGAGCGGAAUGCGAACCGUCAGCAUUCGCAUUGGCGGCGUCUAUGGGGACAACGACGACCAGUACUGGAACCGUCGCUUGCCGUUCCGACUGUCCCUGGACAUCAGUGACCAGGACGCACAUCCACCAAAAAUCGAUGCAAACUACGUGGAGAACGUGGCUGAAGGCAUGCUUCGAGUCGUCGACCGUUUGUCGGCAGACGCUUCCGUGGGUGGCCGCUUCUACUUCUACACAGUCGGGGAGCGGCACACCACACAGCAGGAGCUCGGCUACCGCCUGGCCGAAGCAACGGGUCGCAUCCACCUCGCCGCCCCGACUUGGGUAAUCCACGCGUGGCUGGCCGUCAUGAACUUCCUGGUGUCAUUCCAAUAUCAGCUGCCCAGCUGGCCGCUCAACCAGCCAGCAGGGCGUGUCGUUGAGCCAAAGUCGUACUUCACCACGUACUCCAUGGCCAAGAAAGGCCUCAUCGAUCAGUGGUUUGACAACACACUGUUUCGAGAGACGUUUGGCUACAGCCACCUCUACACCACUGAGGAGGCAGUGGCUUUGGUGGCGGCGGCCCAGCGGCAGAGUCGCCCAAGGCAGACACAUUCCCACAACAAGCGGCCUGGAAUGCUGACUCUCGUGGCCGGGCCGGUGCUCAUUUCCCUUUGGACCAUGGUUUUACUGGUGCUUUGCGGCGGGUUGAGCCUGUCGGUCGCAUGCUCAACGUCUUGGAGCCUGUGCAGUCUUUGCCAGUUCGGCUUCUUUGUCUCCUCGCCUGCCACACACGUUUGUGGCUUCGUGACGCAGCCUGCCUACCGGCUGUGGAUGCCCUUCCAGGGGGGCUACCUUCACGUCUUCCUGCAGGGCAUAGGCUGGUCCUGCUUCGCAUUGCUGCUGGUGCAAUGGUGGGCCGGCUGGUACGGCGAGGAGAUGUUGCUUACCGAGUUUCCAUAUGUUGGGGACACCCGGCUGAAGGCAUCAGGGCUUUCGAGGGCUUGCAAGCAACAUGAAGCCAUCUAG